AUGUACGACGACUCCUGGUACAGCUUCGUGCCAGACGUGGCCAAGAAAGCCGCCACGGCCGCCCAGGGAACUCACCGCCGCAGAGAGUCGCUAUUGCAGCAGUCCAACGGUGUGCCACAAGCUUCCGGUGCACCAGAGGCUCUUGACGAGAUCUUCGAAGACAUUGAGAACCGCAACACCCCUCCCGAAGCGACUGUGCUCCGCCGCGCAAAGUCAUACUCCGACUUCUACCACGUUGUCCGAGCUCAAUUGGCAAAGGACGAACAGAAGAAGAAACGCAGACGGAGGAAGGACAAGACAUGGGAUGCGUUGGAUAUUGCGGCCGAGAUUGCCCACUCCAAGACCGGCCCUCAUCCGGUCCUUGGCCUGCAUGGGGAUGAAUUGCUCGAGGCUAGUCAGCAAGAGUAUCUACUCUACAAAGACCAACUUACGCUCACCGAACGACACCUCGACACGCUAAUCGACGACACAAACGCAGCGCUGAAGCUCUUGACGACGCUGUCUGAGUCGUUCCAGUCUGUAGAGGCGCAAACGAGCUCAUUCCAAUCUCAGUGCGAGGAUCUCCUGUCUGAGCAGCACCGACUCGAGAAGCUGGCAGACGAAGUGGGCACCGAUCUCCAUUUCUACGCAUACCUCGACAAUGUCUCCAGGAGACUCAAUGCCCCUGGCGCUGGGCGGUUGGUGGACGAUGACUCUUUCGGCGAGAUCUUGAGAAAUCUUGACUCCUGCAUAGGGUUCAUGUCGCAACACACCGAUUACCGCGAUGCUGAGUCCUAUCUUGCUCGUUACGAAUCCUUGCUCACCAAGGCACUUCAUCUUCUUGAGGUCGGCUUCACCAAUCGCUUAGACAGUAUAUCAUCCGAGAUCUCUGGCCAGAUCGCGGGAACAAAGUCCGAGGCUACUCGCCAUGCGGUUGCGUACGGUCGUUUCGAGGGGAUGAUCCUCGAUUCGUACUCAUUGAUCCCCAAUAUCCACAAGGUAGUGAGCAGCGUGUAUGAUCAAUACGGCCUUCCCAUCACUGGCGUUGCCAAGGACAUCUACUCCAACACCACAAGCAAUCUCUUCAGCUCUUAUUUGAGCGUCCGAGAUCGUGACUUGAAGCCUAUUGUGCAGCAUGAUCAGGACGAGUUCAAAAAGGAGAUCAAAGACCUGUCUGUUGAGACGGCCUCGAGGAAUUACAUCAAGCAGAGCUAUGAACGCGCUUUCAACGAGGCCAACCUGUUUGUCAAGAUAUUUGGUCUGGAUCUGCAGUGGAGCUCUGACCCGAACUCGGCCUACGGGGUCCUCAAGUCCAACCAGAGGUCUCUGGUCAACCCGGCAAACCUUGUGCAGAUAGCCGCAAACCUGCAGUCCGCAUUGCAGACUGCAGACUUGGACACCAUCUGCAGUGUUGUAGGAUGGCUGACCAACGAGUAUCUCGUCCUUGAUUACGACGACGAAGAAUCACCUUUUGCGCGCCAGUGCCGAGAGCUUAGCGCCAGGCUGCUGACGGAGCAUCUCUGGGUCUUCACGGAUAGUGCGUUCGAGGCAGAGAUUACGAAGACAGUCGCAAAGGCCGUCGUCAAGGACGAGACCCUUACCGUCGGGCCCGUCAUCAACGGCGUCUCAUCCUCGAAUGCCUUUCCGCCUGUCAAACAAGCCCUCAAGCUGCUGGCCAUGUACGACCAAGCCAUGCCCAAGGAACGAAGCCAAAAGAACAGCCAAGUCGUUUUCAAGAUCGUGCGGGAAACCAUCCAGGUCCUGCAGCGUGCAGAAGCCCGGAUCAAGUCAAUCAAAGCCGGCACGGAUGCUGAUUUGUUCAUGGUCAAGAACCUGCUCAUCAUCAAGAACGAGCUCGUGUCCCUCGAGAUCGGCGACAUACGUGGCGACGCUGCAGCCAUGCAGCACUUCGGCCACAUCUGGGAUAAUCUGAGCCCCCAGAGCUGGGUAGGCUUCGUCAGCAACAUCAUCGGCGGCUCCCUCUGGUCGCGCGGCGCGCCGCAGCAGCCAUCCGUCACGGCCAAGACGCUGACGGUCGAGGACAUGAGCGAGCAGCUGGACGAGCUGCUGAGGCAGUCCAUCGUUGCCUUCACCCAGCGCUGGGGGAAGCUGACGAAUGAUGCCCGCGCCAGGAAGACGGGCGUCAAGCCAAUCGGCAAGGUCGAAAAGGAGCUGGACGAGGUGCUGCAGAGGGCCUUUAGCAACCAGCCCGAGGUCAUUGCGAAGCUGAAGGAGGCUAUCCAGAUCAACGCGCAGGCGCAGGAGGCGGCGCAAGAGGAAAAGAAGGGAAUCAGGCGGUACUAG